GAUUUCAAACAUCACCUCGGCGAAGCCGUUGUUAUUGGAUCUAACGGUAACGAGAUUCAUGAUGAAGCUGUAGGCGCUAACCAAAGAGGCUUGAUCGAAGAAGAAGGUCCUGUCGAAUUGGAAAGCGAUGUGGAUGACAGCGAAACAGAUUCCGAAAGUAGCAGUUUGAACAAGGAAGAAUCUAUUCUCAAAAACACUAAAGAAGUUGUUGACGAAAGUAAUGAUGUCGAGAAAUCGCCUUGCGAAAUCAGUCUUAUUGAGGAGUCAGAAGAACCCGACCAAGAAACUUCGAUGAUAACUCCACACUCACCCAGCGUGGGAUCUGAACGUUCUGGUGCUUCGUAUUAUCUUAAUGAAAUGGAGAAGAAGACUGUCAUCCCUAAUUUGUCAUCUGUUUAUGAUGAUGAUAUCGUUUUCAAAGGAUGCGCUACCGAGCUACCGGAAAGAGCAAUGGAAGGUCACGAGACUCUGAAUUACAGAUGUGAUUUUGGGAAAGUGACUUUUGAUGGAGAGGAGAAUCCGGCAGAGCCUGUUGCGCCUAUGACGCCGGUGAAAGAGAGAAUGAUGAUGUUUGAAAAAAGGAUUGAGAAGGACGAUGAUGAUUUGCUUUCGCACGAGCCAGCUUUUCCAGAAGAGGAAGCCUCUAUGCACGUGAAAGAGCAAGUAGAUAAAUUUGAGCGCUUGCAUGACGAGGACCUGAAUGAGUCAUUAGGCCAGUUCAUUGAAAACGAGCUCAUAGAAAAUGUCCAUGUGAUGGAGACUGUACAUGAUCUCGAAAAAUCCGAGCACCACCAUGACGAGAACUUGCAUGAUUCCGCAUUGGGUCAAUUCCAUGAAAACGAGCUCGUAGAAAAUGUGCACGUGAUGGAAACUGUGCAUGAUCUAGAGAACUCAGACUUCAACCACAAAGAAGUUUUGAACAAGCCCGCGUUGGACGAGUUUAAUGGAAACGAGCUCGUAGAAAACGUCCAUGUUAUGGAAACUGUUCAUGAUCUCGAGAAAUCCGUUCUGGAGUCGGAGUCAGCGGUUGUUGAUCACGAAGUGGAAGCGUUGCCAACGAAGAUUCAUGUACAGGAGACGGUGCAUUAUCUUGAGCAUGAAUACGAUCGUUCAAUGCCUGUGUGUGAUGAAUAUGUGCAAAUUGUUUCUCAUCGACAAGAUGCUGGAGAUGCUUCCGCGGCUGGAAUCAUUGGUGAUGAGACUGCUGCGGUGAACGAACAAGAAAGCGCAGAGGUGUUCUGUCAUGUGGAUUUGUCACGCGCUGAAGAGGCUACUACUAAGACUGUGACUGUAACUGUUGGUGAAACCGCAGCCGACCGUGAUUUGGUGGAGGAGACUGAACCCUCUAACGCGCAAAGCACCCAGAUUGUUGUUGUUGACGUUAAUCCUUGCACGGAAAACAAACCUAAAUUACGGGAGAGCGACACCUGGGAGAAAGAGUUCGUUGUCGCCAGUGGAUCGACAGCUUCCGAGAUCUCCGAAUCGCUUGAGGAGUUGCAUGCUUCUGUUGCUCAUGAAUUUAUUCGCGAAGUUGAGGGCGUCGGAAUGAAUGACAAAGAGCAGGAUGAAUCUGCCUCGGAGCCGGCCAUCAUAACUACUGAACAAAUUGGAGAACUUGGAACGACCGAAGAACUUCCGUCCAUGCCUGUUUCAUUCCCCACCGAUAACCAUUCGGAGCGUAAACGUGUGACCAGAUCGAAGGGUCAAAUGCUUCUUCCGCGUCGCCGCCUUGUGGAUUGCUGCUCGAUCCUGUGA